CGUGUGUGUGUGUGUGUGUUUUCUGUCCUUCAGCGCGCGGGGUAAAUCCUCCUCGCGCUCUAAAGUGCAGAAGCAGCAGAAGCGCGAGCGGCGCCGGACGCAGCGCGCGGGAACUCCACCGUUCUUACUGCUCUGAAGCUCGUGCCGCGCUCGCGCUCAGAAGUAGGACACUGGGCUUGCGCGCGCAGCGAAACUGCAGCGAGUUAAAAAAAGACGGAGAAACACGCAGGAAGCGCGUCCGCGCGCACCGGGGGAGCAGUUACCGGCACACCGGCGCGGCUCACGUGAGGGAAGCGCCGCCGGCGCGGGGAGGAAGAGGAGGAGGAGAAGGAGGAGGAGCACGAGCACUCACUCAGCACGCGGGACAGAGAGAGACUCGGCCCGGUGGUGCAGAACACUGUUCAGAAGUUUCUGAGCUCUCUUUUGGAUCUUUGCUCGCGCACCAGCGGGCGUCUCCUCGCCCCGAUGAGGGAAAAGAAACGGCGGCCGAGGACCAACAGGUUGGAGCACAGUGCAGCAGCAGCGUCUGAGGAGGACCUGAGGGAGAGCACAGGUGAUCCGCACUGAUCGAAAUGAGCUGGACAGCAACAAAAACUCUCCCAAACUUUACAGAUAAUCUGUAGAACUCUGAGAGCGCAUGAACAUAUCGAGAACUCAAGGCUUUUCCCGCUGAGGGACACGUGCAGGGCGAUCAUGGCAAAGUCUCCAGACGUUUCCACUUGACCGCUGUUCCAUGUUAACGUCCCCUUCCUCUGAAGUUCCAGUGGACCCCCUCCCUCCCCUCCCGUUUCCGGUGCUCCUGUCAUGCUGGUGCAGGUGACGCUCCUCUCUCCGCUGCUGCUGCUGCUGCUGCACGCGCCGGUGCUGACCCAGGCCCAGUACGACAUGUGCCGGUCGCUCGUGAGCACGGACGACGGCGCCGUGUGGGAGCAGUAUGCCUGCCAGCCCAAAUCACAGGACAUGAAGGACCACAUGCGGAUCCGGGUGGAGCCUCCAGGUAUCACUUGUGGAAACCCGCCGGAGAGAUUCUGCACGCUGGAGAAUCCGUAUCUGUGCAGUGACGAAUGUGAUGCAUCUAAUCCAGACCUGGCCCACCCGCCCCAGCUAAUGCAAGACCGCGAGCGGGGCGGUCUCGUCACCUACUGGCAGACAGUGACGUGGAGCCGCUAUCCCGAGCCGCUGCUGGCCAACAUCACUCUGUCGUGGAAUAAAAGCCUGGAGCUGACCGACGACAUCCAGAUCACCUUUGAGUACGGCCGGCCCACCGUCAUGGUGCUGGAGAAGUCCCUCAACUACGGCCGAACGUGGCAGCCAUUCCAGUACUACGCCGACGACUGCCAAGACGCGUUCUCCAUACCUCCCCGACGCGUUCAGGACCUGACGGCGGCAAACGUCACGCGAGUCAUCUGCACCGAGGACCACUCCCGCUGGGUGGGCUCCAAGAAUGACAAGGUGGUGAGCUUCCAGGUGCGGCCGCGAUUCGCCAUCUUCGCCGGGGAAAAGCUGGUAAACAUGGAUGGCCUGUACACGCGCAUGGAGAGCAUGAAGGGCCUGCGUGACUUCUUCACCUUCACCGACCUGCGGCUGCGGUUAUUGAGGCCCGCGCUCGGGGGGACGUACGUGCAGAGGGACAACCUGCUUAAGUAUUUCUACGCCAUCUCCAACAUUGAGGUGAACGCCAGGUGUAAGUGUAACCUGCACGCGUCGCAGUGUAACAUGGUGGACGGGAAUCUGCAGUGUGUGUGUGAUCACAACACCACAGGUCAGGACUGCCAGCGCUGCAAAAAAGGCUACAAAGCCAAGAGCUGGAAAGCGGGGUCCUACCUGCCCACCCCUAACGGCACCCCGAACACAUGUGCACAGGCCGGUACUUCCUCUGGUUCCACCACUCCAGAGAUCAUCACAGCACUCAUCAGUGAGUUCAUCACCCGGUGCCCAGACCCCACAAAGGAGACUCCGCCCACCAAGCCAUUCCUUACAGACCUUCCGCCAAUUACAAUGGCUGAUACACCCACUACAACUCAGGCUGAACCUGCUCUACCUACCACAACCGAACCUCUGCCCCCUUCACUUCUUGCCAAUGAGCAGAUUGAAGCUCUGCCCUCUAUAGCCACACCCCCAGAGGAGAAGGAUGAGCUUAUUGUGGAAAGGGAAGCCAACAGAGAACAAGUCACUCCAGAACCAGAGCAAAUCAAUCCAGUGUCUGAAGCCGUCAGGCCCAUACCAGAGAGUGGUGAGGAACUCUGGGAGACAGAAGGAGAAAAAGAGAAGGAGGGCAGAAAAGAGACAGAGAUAGAAGCAUCAGAGGAAAAGGAAAGAGAACGAAAAGAAGACACAGAAGACAAAGGAUGGGGAGAGAAAGAAAGAGAAAAAGCAGAAGAUGCUGAAAAAGAAGAAGCAGAGAGCAACAUAUGGUCAGAACAAGUGGAUGGGUUUAAAAGAAAAAUAUCUUCUGAAAGCGAAGAAAUUGAAAGUCUUUCCAAAAGAAAUGAUGAAAAAAGGAGAUCUGAAAACAACGAGAGAGGCAGACUUUCAGAAAAACAAGAUGAAAGAGAGUGGAAAGAAACACCAUUAGAAAGAGAGGAAAUAGAGAGAUCCCCUGAAAAGGAAGGUACAGAAAGUAUGUCAGAAAAAGAAGAAAGGUCCUCUGAAAACGAGUGGGAGGAAAGAACCUCAGAAAGAGAGAGAUUCCCUGAAAAGGGGCCUUCAGAAAGAGAAGAAGGAUGGAAGAUAUAUUUAGAAAGAGAGGAGAGGGAACCAGAGGAAGACACAGAAGAGAAAAAAAAGGGACAGACAGGAAGAGAAAAAGGAGAAGAGGCUGAAGAAGACAGAGAAGAGGAAGAAGAAGGAGCAGAGAGCAAGAGGUGGUCAGAAGUAGUGGAGGAGUUUAAAAGAGAAAGAUCAUCUGAAAAAGAGAGGAAGGAAAAAAACUCAGAAAGAGAAGAGCGAGAAAAAUCUUCAAAAAGAGAAGAAGAACAAGAGAGAGUAGAACCUUCAGAAACAGAAGAUGAAUUUGAGAGAUCAUCUAAAAAAGAAGAGAGAGAAAGAGAGAGAUCUGAAGAAAAAGAGGAAAGAGGAAGACCUUCAGAAAGAGAGAGAUCUUCAGAAAAAGAGGAAAGAGGAAGUCCUUCAGAAAGAGAAGAAGAAAGAGAGAGAUCUUUAGAAAAAGAGGAAAGAGGAAGUCCUUCAGAAAGAGAAGAAGAAAGAGAGAGAUCUGAAGAAAAAGCGGAAAGAGGAAGACCUCCAGAAAGAGAAGAAGAAAGAGAGAGAUCUUCAGAAAAAGAGGAAAGAGGAAGUCCAUCAGAAAGAGAAGAAACAAGAGUAAGGCCUUCUGAAUUAGAGAAGAGGGUGAAACCUUCAGAAAGAGAGGAAAAAGAAAGAUUUUUAGAGAGAGAAGAGGAAAAGGAGAGAUAUUUAGAAAGAGAAAAAGAAAUAUCUGAAAAUGAGGAGAGAGGAAGACCUUCAGAAAGAGAAGAAGAAAGAGAGAGAUCUAAAGAAAGAGGGGAGAGAGGAAUGCUGUCAGAAAGAGAAAAAUCUUUGGAAAAAGAGGAGAGAGAAAAACCUUCAAAAAGAAAAGAAGAAAGAGAGAGAUCUGAAAAAGAGGAGAGAGGAAGACCUUCAGAAAGAGAGGAGAGAGGAAGACCUUCAGAAAGAGAAGAAGAAACAGAGAGAUCUGAAAAAGAGGAGAGAGGAAGACCUUCAGAAAGAGAAGAAGAAAGAGAGGAGAGAGGAAGACCUUUAGAAAGAGAAGAAGAAAGAGAGGAGAGAGGAAGACCUUUAGAAAGAGAAGAAGAAAGAGAGAAAUCUGAAAGAGAAGAGAGAAUGAGAGCUUUAGAAAGAGAAGAAGAAAGAGAGGGGAGAGGAAGACAUUCUGGAAGAAAGGAAGAAAGAGAGAGAUCUGAAAAAGAAGAGAGAGGAAGACAUUCUGGAAGAAAGGAAGAAAGAGAGAGUUCUGAAAAAGAGGAGAGAGCAAAACCUUCAGAAAGAGAAGAAAAAAAAGAGGAGAGAGGAAGACCUUCAGAAAGAGAAGAAGAAAGAGAGGAGAGAAGAAAACCUUCAGAAAGAGAAGAAGAAAGAGAGGAGAGAGGAAGACCUUCAGAAAGAGAAGAAGAAAGAGAGAGAUCUGAAAGAGAGGAGAGAAAGACCCCUUCAGAUAGAAAAGAAGAAAUAGAGAGAUCUUCAGAAAGAGAGGAGAGAGGAAGACAUUCUGGGAGAAAGGAAGAAAGAGAGAAAUCUGAAAAAGAGGAGAGAGAAAGACCUUCAGAAAGAGAAGAAGAAAAAGAGAGAUCUGAAAAAGAGGAGAGAGAAAAACCUUCAGAAAGAGAAGAAGAAAGAGAGAUAUCUAAAAAAGCGGAGAGAGAAAGACCUUCAGCAAGAGAAGAAGAAAGAGAGAAAAGAGGAAGACAUUCAGGAAGAAAGGAAGAAAGAGAGAGAUCUGAAAACGAGGAGAGAGAAAGACCUUCAGAAAGAGAAGAAAAAAGAGAGGGGAGAGGAAGACCUUCAGAAAGAGAAGAAGAAAGAGAGGAGAGAGGAAGACCUUCAGAAAAAGAAGAAAAAGGAGAGGAGAGAGGAAGACCUUCAGAAAAAGAAGAAAAAAGAGAGGAGAGAGGAAGACCUUCAGAAAGAGAAGAAGAAAGAGAGGAGAGAGGAAGACCUUCAGAAAGAGAAGAAGAAAGAGAGGAGAGAGGAAGACCUUCAGAAAAAGAAGAAAAAGGAGAGGAGAGAGGAAGACCUUCAGAAAGAGAAGAAGAAAGAGAGGAGAGAGGAAGACCUUCAGAAAGAGAAGAAGAAAGAGAGGAGAGAGGAAGACCUUCAGAAAAAGAAGAAGAAAGAGAGGAGAGAGGAAGACAUUCAGAAAGAGAAGAAGAAAGAGAGGAGAGAGGAAGACCUUCAGAAAGAGAAGAAGAAAUAGAGGAAAGAGUACGACCUUUAGAAAGAGAAGAAGAAAGACCUUCAGAAGUGGAAAAAGAAGGAGAGAGGUCUGAAGAAAGAGAGGAGAGAAGACCUUCAGAAAGAAAAGAAGAAAGAGAGAGGUCUGAAAGAGAUGAGAGAGGAAGCCCGUCAGAACGAGAAGAAGAAGAAAAAGGGAGAUCCUCUGAAAGACAAGAGAUAGAGACAACCUCAAAAAAAGUAGAGCGUAAGGAAUCACCUGAAAGAGAAGGAAGAGGACACGGGGGACAUGGAGGACAUGGAGGACAUGGAGGAGGAAAACAUGGUGGAGUAUCCUCAGAAAAAGGAGGGAGAGGUCACUCCUCAGAGAGGCCUGAAGAGAGAGCUAAAAACGAGCGAGAAACAGAAAAGUACACAAAAAAUAAGGAAGAGAAAGAAAAACCCUCAGAAAAGGAGCGAGAAAAAGAGCAUGGAAUGAGACGGCACUCUGAGAGAGGGGAAGAAAGAGAGAGGUCUUUUGAGAAAGAAAGUUCUCAUGUAAGAGAGGAAAAAGAGAACCGCUUUGAAACAGAAUGGGAGAAGACAGACAAAAUAGAAGACAAAGACCAUGAAAAUAAGAAAGCUCUGUUGAAGUUUCUGCUGUCUGGAGGACCUCAGCCUAUGAGGCUAAAGGGCAUCAUAUAUGAUGACUUUAAAGACUGUGAGUGUUAUGGCCAUUCCAACCGCUGCAGCUACAUUGACUACCUGAACAUUGUCACAUGUGUGAGCUGCAAACACAACACCCGUGGCCAGAACUGCCAGCACUGUCGCAUGGGCUACUACAAGAACGCCUCUGCAGAGCUUGACGAUGAGAGCGUGUGUGUCGAGUGUGGCUGUAACCAGAUGGGCUCCCUCCAUGACCGGUGUAACGGCACUGGAUUCUGCCAGUGUAAAGACGGCACCACAGGGACUAAGUGCGACGAGUGUUUUCCUGGUUACUACUGGAAACAGGGCUGCUACCAGAACGUGUGUGAUGAAGAGCUGCAGAUGUGUCAGAACGGCGGCACGUGCUUUCAGAACCAGCGCUGCAUCUGCCCGCCUGACUAUAAAGGCGUCCUGUGCCAGCACUCGCGCUGCGAAGGUGGGAAGAAGUGCAGCCACGGCGGCAGCCCCCCUACUGCGACCGUGACGAGCCUCGCUCUGCUGCAGCUGAGCCUCCUGACCACGCUACUGCUGACCACCGCACCCUGACACUCCCUCCGUCCUCCUUACACACCUAAACAAACAUACACACACCCACACACACCCACAGGGGCGUAGAGCUGAGGACCUCACCCCAACACGGGAGCUCACGUGACUGAUUGCUGCUGUGGGAGACAGAUGAAAUGACAGACAAACAAACAAACAAACUAAGUAACUAACAAAAGAACUCGUCAUGAGACAUUUUGUUGUUGUUUUUUAAAUCACAAAGGAAAAUCAUACCAAAAAAUAUAUUUAACACACAAAACAAACACACCCACUGCACCAGUGAGUACGGACGCUUUGCGGGAAGGGGCGGAGUUACAGCAGCUUCACUUCCUGCGCCGCCACCCCUUGACCUCAACCUACAGCCAGCGCUGCACCUUUCUGCACUUCCGAUUGGCUGAGUACUGAGGAAGCGAGGAAGAGUCUGGAAACACAGGUGCUGUUUUCACAGUACAGAGACGAGCUUCGCCCUCACGAGGUCACAGAGCUCUGCUGCUGUUGUUUUUUUUUUUGUCUGUUUUUGUUUAUUUUUUGAUAUUACAAUAUGAAUAUGUUAAAAUAUAAUAAGCUCAAGGAAAAGACAAAAAAGAGGAAGAGAAAAGGUAAAAGGUUACAAAUCAGUAAAUAUUAAUGAUGUAACUUUGAUAAAGUAUGACUUUAGGCACCACAGUUAGAGAGAGGCACACAGUAUAUUAAGAACACUCACACUGUAACUGAGCCAAUUUACGAAACAGGUGCCAUUUUUACAUUUGCAAUUUGGGCAUUAUUAGGGUACAAAAAAGGCAUUAAUUAAAAAAAAAAAGUUGAAAAAAAAAUAAAUAGUAUGUUUUACAUACAAAAGGAACUCUCUUAUAUAAUUCUAAAAAUUAUGAAGGCUUAUUUCGGCUGUUAUGUUGGUCGACACCGAUAUUACGAUAACGAUGGUCAUGUACAAAUAAGAAAAGAUCAAAAAUAGUACACUGUCAUAAAUCAUGUUAACAAGGACAUUUGAUUUAACAGCUUUUAGCUUUGAAAAAAAAAUGCUUUUGGAGCAUUUCUUGUGCUUUAAUGCAUCUCAUCAGUCAUCAGUGGACACAAAUGGCACCCGGUUCAUAGACUGACUGAAUUACGGGGGUACAGAAAAAAAAAGCCAGUACACUCAACGUCCUACAAUUUUUUGGUAGAGAUGAUUAUUUUUGUUCAGAUUUACAGUUCUAUAGUUAAAGGGGGGGUUGUAUUACACUGUGGCUGUACAGUGAACUUUACAGCACUCUAGCGUCUGCCGUAGUAGAGCAACUAUAAGAGUUUUAUCACAGAGGAAAUGUCUAUUGCACUGUAAACUUUGCAGAUUUUGAGAUAUUACAGAUAAUUAUUCUAUUAAACAAAGAGAGGAGCAGGUUUAUGGACACAGAUUAUAUUUAAGAAAGAAAAAAGAGAAUAUAAUAAGGGUUUAUUUACCCCCCCCUGCCUAAAAUAUACCAGGCUUAUUGCAGCAAUGGAUGCUCAACGAGACAGUAAUGUAAAUGUUACAGAAAUGCAAUAUUUAUUAUUAUGACCCGACUGUUUCAGGACCUUGCUGUACACCAGAAGCAUUAGGAGAUGCAACGGCUGAGAUUUUACCACACUGUAAACUUUACAGUAAAUGUGACUGUUAACAUGGA